GCUCUAUCGCCCUACAUACCGAAGCACAGAAGAAUUAGCAAGAAAUUACAAUGGCAAUAGCAACAUUUCACGUUUUGGUGCUCUACUUCUUACAAUAUGGCCAGCAUGUAAUUCAAUAAAUAUUUACGGACGCAACAUAAUCCGAAAUGUUGCUAGAUAUAUUUGGAGAAAUUUUAGUCUUUAUCAAAAAGGUUUCUUCACAAAUCUUGCUAAUAGAAUUAAUAGAUACCUAGCCAGGCAGCGUGGUGGUCAAAUUAUUGGUUAUCCUAAUCAAGAAGCUGCUAACGAUUUUCUUUAUGGUUAUGAUUUUUAUUAG